AUGUCCACCUUUCGGCCCGCUUCCAGCGCCUGCCACAUGUUGCAGUUGCCUCCAACAGAGAAGGAUGAGCGGCUCAAUUUGAAUGUCCGAACAGGUUCUGCGUCGGUUCUAUAUAACUCAUUUGUUUUCACCUUUGGCGGAAUCACUGUCCCCUUGGAUCUUUCCGACAAUGUCUCCAUUGAAAACAUUCGUGCCAUGUUCUCCCAAAAUGUUGUUGGUAGCAGAAUGAAAAGCCUAAGCCGUUGCGUGUCGGGUGAACUAUUUUGCCUUGAUUUGAUCAACAAAUCAUGGGCCAGAAUUGAUGUUCCACUUGACGCCCCUCGACCCAAGCCUCGCAUGUUUCACGAAUUGGCACUGGGUAGAGGCUGUAUCUACCUAUUUGGGGGUCUUUCUGUUUCCGAAACUGCAGACGCUGAUGAUUCUCCAUCUGAUCUCGUGCCAAUGAAUGAUCUCUGGGAGUUCAACUUGGAACAACGCUCCUGGAUUCUUCUUCACGACGGCACAAACCCGCAAAAUAAGUUUUCCAUCCCCAGCCCCCGCUUCUGCCACAAAAUGACCAUGAUAGAAAGACUCCCGUGUCCUAAAAGCAGAGAUCAUCCCGGGAUUAUCAUUGCAGGCGGUUUGGACAGCGAUUCGAAACCGUUAUAUGGAAAUGCGAUCUUCGAUUUGGUAGAGAAGUCCUACCUCGAAACAGAAUCUCCAUUGAUGUUCCGUGCAACUUCGGGCGAUAAGGAGAAGGACUCCGAGACAGGUCUCGAUCAGUUCUGCGCUACGGACGUGAACCAUAAUGUCAAUGUGAAUUAUCUUAACAGCAUCAUUGUGGAUUUCCUGGAAGAAGUCCAUCUGCAUCGCCAUAACAAAGACCACACGCACAGCCUAAAGCUGACGCUGGGGCAUAAUAGGAGUACAAGUCCACAGCUGCCUGAAACAUCUCAAGGAUCGCAUUCUAAAGAACAAGAGUCUGUCCUCAUAUACUCGCCGGUAUACGAGCCGGAGGCGGAUUCGAUCUUAAACCCACUUCUAUCAUUUAAAAUUGGAACUAGCUUCUGCAAUGGCAAAGUGCUCAAUUUGCAAAAGUAUAAGAGCUCAGAGGAAAAGCUAUCUUUUCAAAUUCAGCGGCAAACCAUACCUUUGCGGUUGCGAUACCCUACAGGCGGAUUAUUUGGACACAACUUAGUGAUCACAGGAUUUCUACCUGAUGACUUUGACAUUUCCAUUUUCAUAUUCAACAAAACUACUGGAAUAUGGUCGCGUUUGAAUGUGGUGUGUAACCAUGAGUAUGGCACUCACCGCUUUUGGGGUGGAUUUGUCUGGUCGUCGCAUCACAAGGUGGUCUUAUUGGGCAAUUAUGCUACUUCAAAAACAACUAGUAGUGUGAGGUACUUUUCAUCCUUAAUUACUGUCAGCUUGCCCGUCACCAAUAUCCUUGCCUCCUUCGAGUUAGCGAAUGAAAAAACACAUUCUGUCUAUCUAAAUAAGGUCGUGGAAUCUUUGGAUGAAGCAUUGUCAACCAGUCUGUCAUGCGAUGAUGAAACAAGUUCGUCUGUACUGCAGUCAAGUGACCAGGAUGCCGAAGAGCUUUCUGCGUUUCGCCUUGGGCGCAAAUUCUCUACCAUGUCCCGAAAGAGUGACGGCAAGGCACCGCAAAACGCAUUAUCGUUUUCGGACUACAUCCACUACGCAGCACCGAAAGGCGAAGUUCACAAAAGUACGGUCCGUUUUUCCGGCAGCAGCUAUCACAUUAGGACGUAA